UGUGGGGAGACAGGAGCAAAGGUGGUGAGAUGGCAGCCGGCGGCGGCGGCGGCGGUGGGAGAGGGCACCCAGGGCGGCUUUGAAGACCCUCGCCCACACUCACCGUUCACACUUGCCCCCUCCAUCACGCGCGCAUGCACACACACACGAACACACGCGCGCGCGCGCACACACACACACACACACACACACUCCCUUUCUCUCUCCUCUCCCUGGUUCACCAUGGCAGUAAAUGCCAGCCUUCCUUCUGUGGCACAGCGUCCUGGCAUGGGGUGGGAGCACUAUGGUCUCUCUCACCUCUUUCCCAGCGACCUUGCCUGGCCCCCAAAAGAAGUGGCCCUGCACUCGGCGUUCCCUACCAGCCUCUCUGGUUUGGAUUUUCUUUUCUUAUCUUUUCUUUUUUUUAAAUUCAUGACCCAGUUGGCUCGACUGAAUUCCCCAACAACUGGAGACCGCUCCCGAUCUGGGGAGGUGGGAAGAGGUGAGGGCAAAGUGAAUUAAUUAACUGACAUGCGUUUUACUGGUAUCAACACAACACCUUCUGUUCCAAGGGAAUCGGUUUCUGGAGAGAAAGAACGAGGGAAAAAAGCAAACAAAAACUUACUAAUUCAGUCAGGUUCCUCUGCUGAUUGUCUGCUUGCCUUCACCGGGUUUUCCGAUGACAGGGGUGUCUGAAGCGCGGGGAGAGGGACUAGGUGCGUGGGUGGAACUCUGUGUUGGAGGAGAGGAUGGGGUUAAUUGGCUGGGUGUUGCUUGGCGGGAAGUUUCGGUUCAGAGAACGUAGUGGUGUUAUUGAGUGUGGCAGGGGCCGCAGCUAAGGUUGAAGGAAGGACGCAAACCGAGUCUGGGCGAUAGGGGGACCCCCCACCCACCUCGGCGCAGCCGGCUGGCGACCGCAAGCCCCACUGUCCGCGAGCCGGAAGAAGGACAGUGGAGCCGCCGGGUUGGAGGCACGGAGGGUGCCGCGGGCGUUGGCUUUCUGUGGCGCGGUGGCACAGAUCGCGGGUUGGCCUGGGUGCCCCUCGGCCAGAUUUGCCCCAGGAGCUUCCCGGGACUGCGACCAGAAACAAUCCAGAGGCUCUGGGCUCGAGUUCUUUUUGUUUGUUUUGUGGCUUCGGUUGCUGUUUUCUCACCUUAAGAGAGUACCUUGCUAUGCAUUAGAAAAUUCGGAAGGGGCUGUGGACGUUUGGGACGGCCGCGCGCGCUGUGGGUGCGCUCGGGUCGGAUAAAGCGGCGCAUUUGCAUCGCAGGGCCGCGGGCUGCCUGACUGCGGCUGCCGCGGGCAGAUUAUUUAUUGCGACCGCGCCGGGCGCUCGCUGCUGCCACGCUGUGGCCGUCGCCGGGACCGACGCCAGCCGCAGCCCCGCGUCGUGCAGCCUGGCGCGACUGCUGCGCGGGCCCCUCGGAGAUUCCCAAGCAGGCCGAGGAGAUGGGGGCAAGGGAGGACUCGAGGGGCGGCCUCCCAGGGCCUGUCGGGAACCUCCCCCGCCUUGGCCACCUCUGACAAGAGCUGGACGCCCGACUAGACUCGGGUCCUUCCCCACCCCCAGCGCCAUGGAGACUGGUUGCACAGGCGGCCUGGCACGUCAUGGCUGCUUCUGUCCAAACUGCGCGUCCCAAGGCGCCCCCCGGGGCGCACGCUGGUGCGGGGAAGGCGCCCGCUUCGGGAUUUUGAAAUCGGAGAGACCACUCCUGGUCCUGAGGCCUGCAGGCCUGGCUGGCCCUGAGGAGGACUGACUAUGGCAAGAAAGGCGGGCUUUGGCGUCAGGCGAGGGCCUGUGACAGGCAGAGGCCGCACCUGUGCGCUGUGGGCUCUGUCCUGGGCUACAGAUCCAGGGGCCCUCAAGGUCCCCCACACACACCGGCAGGCCGCCCCCAGGCUGGCGGAGGUCGAGUGGGCAGCCCAGGGAAAGGGCAGACUGUGGGGCCCUGCACGCCAUCCAGUCCCCUUUGAAGAGCAGCUGAAAGGCUACGUGUGCCGCCUGGUCAUUCAAAUUGUCAAUUUUAGGUCCAGAAGUGUCCAAACCACAAGUUCUCAAAACUCUCUGAAAAAUGGCUCCCUCCGAGUUAAGCAAUUCUGAAAGGCAUUCUCUGGGAAAAGUCUGUGGAGAAGCGAGGGAUCUUCUUGCAAAUAAUAUGGUCUCGGGCAAAGACGCAGCAUCUUGGCUGUCUGCUAAAAAAUGCCUAGACUCUUGGUGGAAAUUGAGUGUCAAGCUGCAAAACCUCAAAUGGCAGAUUAUCAUCAUUUAAGAGCGCCGGGACACCGGAAACGGCGAUUCCCCGAGUGCCCGGGGUUGGAGACAAUCACUGCCUCAGUCUUAAACAUCUUUCGAGGUCUGCGCGGGGCGGCCAUUGGCGGCGGAGCGUCACGUGACCGCGGGGGCGUGCCAAUGUGCGCCCUCACGGGUGUCAAGCCCCUGUCAGAGUGUGCGAUCAAGAUUGUGAAACAACGCGAUGCAAAAAGCGACCUACUACGACAGCUCCGCGAUCUACGGUGGCUACCCCUACCAGGCAGCCAACGGGUUCGCUUAUAAUGCCAGUCAGCAGCCGUACCCGGCGUCCGCGGCACUGGGCGCUGAUGGCGAGUACCACCGACCCGCCUGUUCCCUCCAGUCGCCCACCAGCGGCGGGGGCCACCCCAAGGCGCACGAGCUGAGCGAGGCGUGUCUGCGCACCCUGAGCGGCCCGCCCAGCCAGCCCCCAGGCCUGGGCGAGCCACCUCUGGCCCCGCCGCCGCCCCAGGCCGCGCCCCCAGCUCCACAACAGCCGCAACCCCCGCCGCAGCCCCCAGCACCGGCUCCUGCUGCGCCUCCUCCCCCCUCUUCAGUUUCCCCACCUCAGAAUGCCAGCAGCAACCCCACCCCUGCCAGCGCAGCCAAGAGCCCCCUACUCAACUCACCCACCGUGGCCAAACAAAUCUUCCCCUGGAUGAAAGAGUCUCGGCAAAACACAAAGCAGAAAACAAGCGGCUCCAGCUCAGGGGAGAGCUGCGCUGGCGACAAGAGCCCGCCUGGGCAGGCGUCGUCCAAACGGGCGCGCACCGCCUACACGAGCGCGCAGCUGGUAGAGCUGGAGAAGGAGUUCCACUUCAACCGCUACCUGUGCCGGCCGCGCCGGGUGGAGAUGGCCAACCUGCUGAACCUCACUGAGCGCCAGAUCAAGAUCUGGUUCCAGAAUCGCCGCAUGAAGUACAAGAAGGAUCAGAAGGGCAAGGGCAUGCUGACGUCAUCAGGGGGCCAGUCCCCAAGUCGCAGCCCCGUCCCCCCUGGCGCGGGCGGCUAUCUGAACUCUAUGCAUUCGCUGGUCAACAGCGUCCCGUAUGAGCCCCAGUCGCCCCCGCCUUUCUCCAAGCCUCCCCAGGGCGCCUAUGGGCUGCCCCCCGCCUCCUACCCCGCACCCCUGCCAAGCUGCGCGCCCCCACCGCCCCCACAGAAGCGCUACACCGCGGCGGGGGCGGGGGCGGGGGGUACACCCGACUAUGACCCACACGCGCAUGGCCUGCAGGGCAACGGCAGCUAUGGGACCCCACACUUACAGGGAAGCCCCGUCUUCGUGGGGGGCAGCUAUGUGGAGCCCAUGAGCAACUCUGGGCCUGCCCUCUUUGGCCUAACUCACCUCCCCCACGCCGCCUCUGCAGCCAUAGACUACGGGGGUGCUGGGCCGCUGGGCAGCGGCCACCAUCACGGGCCCGGGCCAGGGGAGCCGCACCCCACCUACACGGACCUUACCGCCCACCAUCCUUCUCAGGGAAGAAUUCAGGAAGCCCCCAAGCUCACCCACCUGUGAUGGUGGGCUCGGGGCGGCGCGCCAGGAGAGUCCCUCUGCCCCCACCUUUCUUCUACGUUUACUUUUUUUUGGUUUGGUUUUAAAGUUCUUCCUGCCCUCCCUUUUUUCUCCUCCGCCCCGUCUAUCCCCCACCCCCACCCCGUUUUGUUUUCUUUGGUAACGCGUUUUUAUAGUUUAUGUGACGUAGCAAUCUUGGUUGCUGGAAUGGCUGUCAGUAUCAGUAGCGAUGUUUAUCUCCUCCCACCCCUCGCUCGGCCGCGAGCCCUGCACCCUUUACCUUCUCUAUUCUUUGAACAGAAACAGGGUAUAUGAACAAAUUUUCUAGCCGAGUUCUUCAAUGUGAAUUUGUUCAUACAUUAUGGCUCCCGAGGGGAAGCAGAUACUUUUUUUUUUUAAUUUUUAGGUUUUUUUUUUUAAUUGCACUUCUUGUAAAGAGCGAGAAAAAAAUCAAAGGCGCUUUGAAACAGGGGCUCCCUGUGCAAGGAUGACUAAGUGUACGUCUUUCCGUGUGUGUAUGCUGGUGAACAGUCAGAUUUAUUUAUAUUUUUUUUGCAAGCAUUGAAUAAUCUAAGUUUUAAAUAUUAUUUAUCCCCAUCCGUUCGUAUUUAUAUUAAAGAAAUUCUGUACCCUGAUUGUUCAGAAGGUUUCUUGGGCCUUUUGUUCAAUAGUGUAUUGGCGUACAUAGAAAAAAAUUUUUUAUUUGAAAGGGAAAUAUAAUUCCUUUAUAAAAACGGUAAUGAUGCAAUAAUACCAGAGAGGAUCCAGCUUUUGAAAACAGUGAUUUAGGAUUGUAAGGUCCGGCAAAACUGAAAAAAAAAAUCUGUAAACGUGAAAAAUGCUAGAUUUGUUUUGAGAGUUCUACAUUCCUUGCUGCUCACAUUCUGAGAAACUAAACAAAAAAAAUAAAGUUUUUAUUCUGAAUAA